AGCAUAUUAAACUAACGACUCUAUUUCUCACCCAGUCAGUUUGGAUCUUCUUCCUCCAGUAAAGAUGUCACCGAAAUUUGGAGCGCUGUUGGUUGUCCUGUUGGCAACUUUAUCCUCAGUAAGCAGCGAGCCCGAAAAGAAUUGUUCUUACUAUGGCGAGUACUUGCGAGAUGCCAGCGACCGUUGUUAUUUCUACCAGUGUGAGAGCGACCUAACCCCUAUACGUCAACGCUGUGCCCCAGGAACCACGGUGAAGGACGACUUUGUGGCCACAGAGAAUGACGCCAACCCCUGCCAGGGACCGAAUUUGCCGUGCACGUCAGACGGGACGUGGUCUGAUUGGUCAGAUUGGGGCGAGUGCAGCGUCACCUGUGGAAGUGGAGUGCAGAAGAGCACACGUGACUGUCUACCCGCUGGCGCCACCUGUGAUGGAGACGCAGUCAGAACGCAAGAAUGCCGCAGAGUAACUUGCGACUGUUUUUCGUUGAGUUACGUUGUGUUGGACCAACAGUGGAGAAGCCUGAAUUUUACUCGAUUCGACGGUGGUGAACCGAAACACUGCGACAGGGACGGAUGGGCCAGUCAGUGGUAUCGGUUCUCCGGGGCAGCCGGGACCAAAAUGCCAAACUGGUGCGUGCCUGACUUUCAAUGCGGAACCGACGCCCCAGUGUGGAUAAACGGCGCUGACCCCGCACCGGAAGAUGGCGCUGUCGACCGUCAGGCAUGCGCACACUGGACUGGCAAUUGCUGCAGGUGGUCUAUGAAUGUGCAAGUUCUCAACUGCGAGGAGUAUUUCCUGUAUUAUCUACCACCAACUACUGUGUGUUCGCUUGUCUAUUGCGGCGAAGAUUAAAGACCUCACCAAGUAGAACUGAUUAACGACAAUUAGAAACGAUGAUGCUAAUACCUUUUAAGGACGAAGACAGCGUUUGCCAGAAACGUGGCUAUCUUCCUAACAAUGCCAUACCUACAUAUAGGGUAGCAAUAAAAUAUUAUUUUAACAGAUGUUCAUUUCAUACAGCAUUGGUCAAAAAGGUUGUCCCACCCCCAUUU